AAGCUAGAUGACAAUGAGGAAGCCGGAUCUAAUGGGGAAAGAUAGCGGCAGACUACUUCAAGUGAACAAUAACAAUGUUAUUAAUAAGUCGACAAACAACAAGCUUCGAAAGGGGUUAUGGUCUCCUGAAGAAGAUGAGAAACUCAUCAAGUAUAUGUUAACCAAUGGACAAGGGUGUUGGAGUGAUAUUGCUAGAAAUGCUGGCCUGCAAAGAUGUGGCAAGAGUUGUCGUCUUCGUUGGAUCAAUUACUUGAGACCUGACCUCAAGCGUGGUGCUUUUUCCCCUCAAGAAGAAGAUCUCAUCAUCCAUCUGCAUUCCAUUCUUGGCAACAGGUGGUCUCAAAUUGCGGCUCGUCUUCCAGGAAGGACAGAUAACGAAAUAAAGAAUUUUUGGAACUCCACGUUAAAGAAAAGAUUGAAAAACAACCACCCUGCAGCAUCAACUACUUCACCAAAUGACAGUGAAAAUUCAUCAGAUCAUCAUCAACCUAGAGGUGUUAUGGGAGCAGGGGGGAUGAUGAUGCCUAUGCAUGAUCAUCAUGAUAUCAUGACCAUCUGCAGGGACUCAUCAUCUUCAUCAUCGGCUGCCUCCAUCCAAACCAUGGUCACACCAAACAAUAACCAGUUAAUCGAUCCCUUCUCUAUGCUUGAGAUUAAUCGCUUUGACAUGACAAGCAAUGCGCCUUGUUUAUUCAAUGUGCCUUCUUCAUGUGUUGAAAAUUACAUGGGAGAUGGAUUAUUUUAUGGGGAUUAUGGGGUAUUAGAGCCAAGUAAAAUGGGAUUAGUAGGAGACCUUUCGCUUCCUCCACUAGAAAGUAGAUCGAGCGUUGAAGAGAAUAAUAUUAAUGCUGCCAAAAACAACAACAACAACAACAACCACUACAAUAAUAAUUCUUCCUUCAAUAAUACAACUCCUGAUCCUGAUCAGCAAGGGUUUAAAGUUGGAGAUAUGUUUGGGUUAGAAAAUAAUUGGCAAGGAGAAAACUUAAGGGUUGGAGAAUGGGAUUUCGAGGGUUUGAUGGACAAUUUAUCCUCCUUUCCUUUUCUUGAUUUCCAAGUUGAAUAAUUUGGUCUCUCCUUAAUUUCAAACCUUCUAUUUUCUCUAUUUCACACUCCAUAUUUUACGUCCUAGGAAAUUUUGGGCGACCAUUUUUUUUUCAAUCAAAACAUGUCAAAAACUUUUUAGUUUUG